UUGAAUCUCGUCGUCCCCGCAUUGUCACGCUUUCUCUCCCUGACUUUUUCUCUCUCUACAAGACCCCAUCAUAAAACUCUCCAUCUCUCUCUCAUUGACACUUUCUCUCUCUCUCUCUAGAUUCUAUAUUUGUACGUAGAGAGGGUUAGGGUUUACUGUGAGGUAGAGGGAAAUGGGGCAGCAGUCUUUGAUCUACAGUUUCGUCGCACGGGGGACGGUGAUCCUUGCAGAGUUCACGGAGUUCACGGGGAAUUUCACCAGCAUCGCCUCACAGUGCCUACAGAAACUCCCCGCUACAAAUAACAGGUUCACCUACAACUGCGACGGUCACACUUUCAACUACCUCGUUGACGAUGGAUUCACUUAUUGUGUUGUUGCUGUUGAAUCUGUUGGCAGACAGAUUCCUAUGGCAUUCCUUGAGCGAAUUAAGGAGGAUUUCACCAAGAAAUAUAGUGGGGGAAAGGCUGGCACCGCUGUUGCUAACAGCCUGAAUAGAGAAUUUGGGCCCAAAUUGAAGGAGCAAAUGCAGUACUGUGUGGAUCAUCCAGAAGAGAUCAACAAGCUUGCAAAGGUAAAAGCUCAGGUUUCAGAAGUCAAAGGGGUAAUGAUGGAAAACAUUGAGAAGGUUCUUGAUCGUGGAGAGAAAAUUGAACUUCUGGUGGAUAAAACUGAGAAUCUUCGUUCCCAGAUUUUGAAUGGUCCCAUCCUUUAUUACCAUCUUAUUGGUGGACAAAGAUUGAUGACAGCUUAUUGUGUUGUUGCUGUUGAAUCUGUUGGCAGACAGAUUCCUAUGGCAUUCCUUGAGCGAAUUAAGGAGGAUUUCACCAAGAAAUAUAGUGGGGGAAAGGCUGGCACCGCUGUUGCUAACAGCCUGAAUAGAGAAUUUGGGCCCAAAUUGAAGGAGCAAAUGCAGUACUGUGUGGAUCAUCCAGAAGAGAUCAACAAGCUUGCAAAGGUAAAAGCUCAGGUUUCAGAAGUCAAAGGGGUAAUGAUGGAAAACAUUGAGAAGGUUCUUGAUCGUGGAGAGAAAAUUGAACUUCUGGUGGAUAAAACUGAGAAUCUUCGUUCCCAGGCACAAGAUUUUAGGACACAAGGGACCAAGAUGAGGAGAAAGAUGUGGCUGCAGAAUAUGAAGAUAAAACUCAUUGUCCUUGGCAUCAUCAUUGCUUUGAUUCUUAUCAUAGUAUUGUCAGUUUGUGGUGGAUUCAAAUGUCAUUAGUGUGUGUGUGGUCCAACGUGUUUCAUUAGCAGUCAUUCAUGAACAUGUGUGUGUUCUAUCGUCCAAUUAUUUCACGUUUAUUUCCCAUUUUUUUCCGUGACAUAUUUUUCUCUUGCUAUAGUUCGGAUUUUGUUGGACAAUGCUUGUAUAGCUUGUGAUUAUGAAUCUUCUUGAAUAUACCAUUGGUCCUUGCUCAUCAUUGAGAAAGUCAUUGCUUUACCUUUCAA